AUGCUACUGUCCCACUGCACGGAUAAGAAACUGGCACCGCACGGAAAGGAAGAGGCAGAGCCGGAUUCGGGCCACACAGCCUGCACUCAGCGGCCGACGCCCGGGGCCACCGUGAACUGGGGGAUCUUGGAGGGGCUCCUGAGCGGGGUCAGCAAGUACUCCACAGCCUUCGGGCACAUCUGGCUGUCCCUGGUCUUCAUCUUCCGCGUGCUGGUGUACCUGGUGACGGCCGAGCACGUGUGGAGUGAAGACCACAGGGCCUUUGACUGUGACACCCGCCGGCCGGGCCGCUCUAACGUCUGCUUCGACGAGCUCUUCCCCGUGUCCCACGUGCGCCUCUGGGCCCUGCAGCUCAUCCUGGUCACGUGCCCCUCGCGGCUCGUGGUCAUGCGCGGCUACCGCGAGGCCCGGGAGAAGAAGCACCAACAGGCAGCAGGGAAGAACGGUGGGCGCCUCUACCCGGACCCUGGCAAGAAGCGGGCGCUCUGGUGGACGCACGUCUGCAGCCUGGUGUUCAAGGCUGGCGUAGAUGCUGCCUUCCUCUGCGUGUUCCACUCGUUCUACCCCCAAUACACUCUCCCUCCUGUGGUCACGUGCCACGCGGCUCCGUGUCCCAGUACGGUGGACUGCUUCAUCUCCAAGCCCACGGAGAAGAACAUCUUCACUCUCUUCAUGGUGAUCAUGGCCGUCGUUUGCACCGUGUUCAACCUGGUGGAGCUGGACUACCUGGUGAGCAAGAGGUGCUGGGAGUGCCUGCUGGCGAGGAAAGCCCGGUCCAUGGGCCUGGGCCACCGGCGCAACGGGGCCACCUUUUCCUCCAAACAGGACGACCUCUGCUUGGGCGACCUCAUCUUUCUGGGCUCAGACGCUCCCCCUCCUCUCUUACCAGACCACCCUUGAGACCACAUGAAGAAAACCAUCCUGAGAGGGGCUGCCUGGUCAGGCCUGGGUUGGAAGCACCCGGCUGCCAAGCUGCAGCCUUGCGGGUGGGAGCGCUGUGCGGGGAGUGGGGACAGGCAAGAGGGAGGGUCCGACGACCUGGGUUCAGAUCCCUUUUCCCCAGCUCCUGCCGCCUGA